GCGCGAAACAUUUGCGAUUACUGAUACAUGUCAGCAGAUAGCUCUACUCUCCACCUCCACGAACACAGAUCACAUGGCAUAUGGGACUUACCGGAAGAUCAAGGUUACUAGCGCCAUUGGUUUCUUUCCUUUAUAAACUCCCCCAACGGGCGAGUUACUACACGACCAAGACUGAGCCCACGCUUGUACCAUUCCCUCCCUUCACGCGACCGCUUCUUGCCAAGCUUGUCCCGAAAAUCGAAGCCCAAACCCAAGCUGAAAUUUCCUUGUCAACAGCCACCGAUAAUGUAAGGGUUUCUGGGGAAAUUCCCACCCGUAUGCUCGUGGAGUCCAUCCAGCGCAUCCGUGCGAGUGAACAGAUAUUUCCACUCACGCCGCUCGUACGGGACAUGUUUACCAGCUUAGGCGAUGCGUGGGCCGAAAAUAUCACUAAAGGAAAUGCAGUAAUUCAAAAGAGCGAAAAACAAUGGACGGUUUACAGCGUUUCUCGACAGAUGGCAGCCCUGGUGGUGGCAAAACUUCACCGAAAGGUGGGCAUGCUCCUCAAGCAUCAGUCCAGGGUUCCACUAUCCACCAACGAUUUCCGAAUCCUUGCGGGCUGGAACGGACAUGACUUGAAGAACAUAGCCCAGAUCUUGCAGUGUAGCGUGACGGUGAACCCCGCUGCCCUUACCCAUCCCGGGCACUUUAAGGAGAUUUCUUUGCAAAUCAAUGCCGAAUCCCAGACGGGACUUGAAAGAGCAGAAUUAUACCUCAGCACCCGGCUAUCGACGUGGAAGUAUUCUCUCGCUAAAAGUGCCGAGACAGUAUCAACGCUGUCGGUGCAGCACAUACACAGGAUCCACAGUAAGUGGUUGAACGACCUUCAAGCUGCCACCAAAGUGGCCAUUAUUGUCAAUCCCGGAAAAUCCAGGUAUACGGAGGAUAAGAUUCCAGUGUAUUUCAGGGGCCAGGAUACCCUCAGCACAGAUACCGCAGCCAAACAGUUUAGAGCCAAGAUUGCUGAGGUUUCCAAUCAUCUGAGACUCGUGUCUUUAAAGACCGGAAAGUUAAUCUUCGGGUCGCAUGGGGAAGCCUUGGAGAAACUUCGCAAGGAAACCAGCUCGUCCAUUGUUUCUACGGCAACAGGAGAGGCGAUAUCUGUCUACAGCCUCCACCCUGAUACCACUGCCAAAGCAUGUGAUGCCAUCCAAGAACACCUCCAGUCAUGGUUGCGUGGGUGUACAGUAUUGGAAUUUCCGUACCCGAUGUACUCCGCUCUCCGGCGAAUUGGCUCAAACUUCAACAAAAUCGAAUCCAUGACUGGCACCCUUAUAUCCUGCGAAGACGCUUUUUUCAGGAUUCUCAUUACGGCACGUGUGGAUGGUGAUACUGAAAAGGCCGCAGGCAUCAUCAACAACUUGGUGGAAAGAAUCGGGACCCACCGAGUAACCAUCGAGGCCCCUAAACACGUGGCGCGCUUCAUGAAGCGGAGGAACCAAUAUGGGGUGGUUAACGCCGCUGAAAUAGAGUCAAAAACAUCGUCAAUAAUGGUUAUAGAAGAGGGGGAUUAUGCUACGAUUUCUGUGUUUAGUGACUCCCCUGCCAAUCUUGCCCUCGCAAAAUCAAGUAUCAACCGAGUUAUCGCAGAGGUUGGCAAGUAUGACCUCGUAGGGGGACAUAACCCGAACCACGACACCUUUUCCUGGGAAGGAAUGAGACCUAAAGUCUACUCCAAGAAGCUCGAGUUUCCCCACUACUUGUAUGAGCCCAUGGGCGGAAAGAAUCAGGAGUACUGGAAGACUCUCUGUGAAAAGUUCCAGGUUGAGUGGAGCUAUAUCGAAGGUUUGAGGCACCAGGAUUCUUUCAAAAGCGUCUUGAAGAUUUCCAGUGCCAGUGCGCUGGCGCUUAACUUGGUCUACACUGAGCUUUCCCGCCGUUUGGGGAGCUUACAAGCCAAUCAGGUUCACUUACCACUAGACAGACUCGAUUUCCGUGCCUUCGAAGUCGCCAUCGCCAAGAUCCAAAAACUAUACCCUGAUUGUUAUACUGUGACACAUAAAAUCCGGCAUACCCUCCAGGUACAACAGAAGUUUAGGUUGUCUGAAAUAAUGACCGUGGUGGGGGUAAGCGAAACUCGGGUGGCAGAGUUUACCGCGAGUAUCAGACACGCGAUUUACAAUAUUUUAAACCACACGCCGGAGUCUGUGAAAAUCAUCCCAGCAAACAAGUAUUCCCGGUUCAUAGAUGUUGUCAAACCGGAAAUCGAAGCAUUAGGGGUCCGGGUGCAUGUUACGAACGAGUACGUUAGCUCUGGAACCGCAAAGAAGUGUGUUGUUGUUGGGGACGACUAUGUAACGGUGCAGAAAGCGCUUAUGUUGAUGGGGGUGCUUCUCAGAGAAAAAGCUUAAUGAAUUAUGAGGUUUUAGUGACAGGUCUAGUUUUUAGCACAACCAUAGACUGUCUUGAUUAAAAGCUAUCCUAGACAGGAACAGAUUUUCUGAGAUUUAUCAAUAAUAGUGGUAUAUGGCUGCUGAGAAAUGGGGUUUCAUGAGACUUUGACGGGCUGUUACAUUAUCCAAGGGGUCCCAUUUGCCAUACCAUGGCUUGUAUUGCUGGUAUAUUUCGGUCUUUGAUGCGCUAGAAUUUUAUCACCAGUAUAGCUCUUGCCAUUCCAACAAUGGAAAUUAUUUAAACGGUUCAGCCUACGCUAAAAAAAAAAAAAAAAAAAAAAAGAAACCAGAACACCGAGUAACUGCGAU